GUGGUUUUCUCUGCAUAGGAUUAUAGGGGGUAUAGUUAAACUAAAGACUAAUAUUUUCCAAUACAUUUCCUUAUUCUUCAACGUAAGAACGUCUUGUCAUCUACGAAGCCGCUACCAGGAGCGGCCACUAGCUUACCCCUUCCCUUCCUUUCCUUUCCUUUUUUCUUUGUUCACAGCCACUAUCUUCUAUGUUGUCAAGAUAAGUUCAUUCCAAAACUUCUUCAGUACAACUUCAUCUCCUUGGCCUCCUUAACCAGACAACACUAGUAAAAAUAUCCAAUUAUUAUUAUUUUUUGUGUGUGUUUCUUUUACUAAAUAAAGAAGAGAUCUCGAAGAGUUAAAUGAACUUUCCCCCUAUAGUUGUGUUAGUUUGACGAAUAAUAAGUAUUCUAGACUUUGUUUAGGGUUUCAUCUAGUUCUCAACUGUUUAUCCACAUCUUUGAUUUAGGGUUGCCGAUCUUCAUAUAUUUUUUUUACCAUAUCUUGUUAGGGUAAUUAAUGGAGAAUAAUUACAAUCAACUGGGGGAGAACUCAUCUCAAAGAGGUAAUAACUUCUUGUACGGUGGAAUUCCGCUUCUUUCAUCCCCAAAUUCAUCUAUUUAUGGAAGAACAAGUGGCGGCGGAGGCGGAGGCGAUUGUUAUGAUCAAUCUCAAGCAGUGGUACAUCCCAUAGUGAAGACAGAAGGAGGCAGCAGCACUUCUCAUCAUCAUCAUACAUUUCAGUACCCUUCGAUUAUUCGUAGUGGAUAUCACCAUCAGACGGUUCAAAAUCAUCACGAGAGUGAGAGUUCUGGUAGUGAAGUUGAUGCUUUAAAAGCCAAGAUUAUUGCUCAUCCUCAGUGUUCUAACCUUUUGGACGCUUACAUGGAUUGUCAAAAGGUGGGAGCACCGCCGGAAGUGGUGGCGAGGCUAUCGGCAGUACGGCAAGAGUUUGAAGUGAGGCAGCGAGAUUCAUCGACCGACAGGGAUGUUUCCAAGGACCCAGAACUUGAUCAAUUUAUGGAAGCUUAUUAUGACAUGCUAGUGAAGUACAGAGAGGAGCUUACAAGGCCCUUACAUGAAGCAAUGGAUUUCAUGCGAAAAAUCGAAACUCAACUUAAUAUGCUUGGUAAUGGUCCCGUCCGGAUCUUCAACUCUGAGGACAAGUGUGAAGGCGUCGGAUCGUCGGAAGAGGAGCAGGACAACAGUGGUGGAGAAACUGAAAUUCCUGAAAUUGAUCCACGAGCAGAAGACCGUGAACUCAAGAACCACUUACUGAGAAAAUACAGUGGCUAUUUAAGUAGUCUCAAACAAGAACUUUCCAAGAAGAAGAAAAAGGGGAAAUUGCCCAAAGAUGCACGCCAGAAGCUGCUCAGUUGGUGGGAAUUACAUUACAAGUGGCCAUAUCCUUCGGAGUCAGAGAAGGUGGCAUUGGCUGAAACAACAGGUUUGGACCAGAAACAAAUAAACAACUGGUUCAUAAACCAAAGGAAAAGACACUGGAAACCUUCAGAAGACAUGCAGUUCAUGGUAAUGGAUGGUCUUCAUCCUCAGAAUGCAGCUGCUCUUUAUAUGGAAGGUCACUAUAUGGGAGAAGGUCCUUUUCGUUUGGGACAGUAAAUGCAACAUAGUUGUUCACAUGCUUUGAGAUUUUGGAGAAGUGUAUUUGCAGAAUUUCACAUUUGGAAAUCUGUCUUUGAGUGACAGUCAUGUUCCUUGUAAGGUGAGUAUGAAUAGGUAAAAUUAGGGUGUUUAAUUAUGGUUGCUUUGUUGUAGUAGUAUGUUUGUAGCCUUGUAAGCAUAUGCAAGGGUAUUUAUUAAUAGCUUGUUCAAUUUAUCAAUUGUAUAUGAUGAGUAUCCUUUGUACUUGGUAUUUUAAAUAGUAAUGAACCAUAUAUGGUUUUUACUGCGAAAGUGUUAAAUCUGUAA